AUGUUCCUCAAUACUUUGGGAAUUUCAGAAAAGACGUUUCGCACAGCUUUGCAAAAAUUAAAGAACACCGGUGUAGUAGAAAAAGACAGAAGAGGAGGAAGGCAAGAGGUCUAUCAUGAAAGGGAUACUCAGCUGCGAUCACUCAUUACUGAACAUAUUAACAGAUUUCCGCGUGUUGAGUCUCAUUAUUGUAGAAAAAGUAGUACAAAAGAAUAUCUCCACCAUGAUUUAUCUUUGAAAAAAAUAUAUGGUAUGUUUUUAAAGGAGUAUAACCAACCCGUAAGUAUGACACUUUAUAGAAAUGUAUUCAAAGGCAUGAAUUUAUCGUUCCAUAAACCAAAAAAAGACCAAUGCAGUUUAUGCAUGACAUACAGAGAAGGUACAAGCGAGGUGAAAGAGAAGCUACAGAAUAAAUAUGAUGCACAUAUUAUAGAAAAAGAAGAAGUACGACGAAUUAAAAACGAAUGCAAGAAUCGAGCAAUACAAAAUAUAACCACUUGUUGUGCUUCGUUCGAUUUACAGCAAGUCAUCUAUUUGCCACAAUCCAAUGAAAGUGCUCUUUUUUAUAAAAGACGUUUGGCUAAUUAUAAUUUCACAAUUUAUGAUUUAGCCUCCAAAGACUGUAUAUGCAACUUAUGGAAUGAGACAAUCAGUAGAAGAGGUGCCUCUGAAAUUUCUACUUGUGUUUAUUAUUUCUUAACAAAUUGUGAUAGAAAGAGUGUGAAAGAAGUAUUCUUAUUUUGCGAUGGCUGCUCAGGCCAGAAUAAAAAUUCCGUGAUGGCGGCUAUGCUCUUAUACUUAAUAAAUAAUUGUGAAUCUAUUGAAGAAAUUAGUUUACGAUACUUCUGUUCGUUCCAUGGGCAAAGCGAGGGCGAUUCUGUCCAUAGCGCGAUAGCAUUUGCAAUGGCAAAGGCUGGGAACGUCUUUGUUCCAUGCCAAUUGGAGCCGAUCAUACGAUUGGCACGCAAAAAUCCAUACGAAGUCAAGGUACUCAAUUACAAUGAUUUUAAGGAUUUUAAAAAUCUUGCCUUAAAGUUAAGGUUACUUAAAUUAAAAAACGAUAACCAGACAGCCGCCCUCUUUAAAUGGACAGAUGUUAUGGAGUUAAAAGUCUCACGAUAG